AUGUCUCACAACACCCUCGGUAACGGCGAAUGGCUGAACGUCGGCCAGAGCCUUUUCAGCCAGGACGGCUCCGUCGAGCUCAGGAUGCAGAGUGACGGCAAGAUUGCUGUCUACUGGGGCGGCGAGUGCCGCUUCCAGAACACUGCAACCCAGCGCAACGACAUCAAGGGCAUUAUUAUGCAGGAGGACGGUAACAUGGUCAUCUAUGAUCAUCACCAGAAGCCCGUCUGGGCUACCAACACUGGCCCCGGUGGUCCUGGCGACAGCACUGUGAUCUGUACUGUGCAGAAUGAUGGCAAUGUCGUUCUCUACAAGGGCACUCCCAUCUGGUCUAGCAACACCCACAAAUAG